AUGUCCGGAACCAAGGAGUCUAUCAUCCAGGUCGGAUGCGGUGUUGUCGGCGGGGCUUACGCCAAGGCGUACAAGCACCACGGCUUCGAGGUUCGCGGCUUCGAUGUCGUGCCGGCCAUCAUCGAGAAGAUGAACGAGGCUGGCAUCCCCUGCUGCCACCCGGACAACUGCCCCGACGACCUUAACGCCGAGAUCGUCCUCCUGUCGGUGCCCACCCCCCUCAUCAAGGAGACCCAGCGCCUCGACAUGAAGUACGUCUGGUCCACCGUCCCCCUUGUGGUCAAGCUCAUCGAGCAGUCGACGGGCAACACCCCGAUCUUCGUGAUCCGAUCCACUGUGCCCCCCGGCAUGACCAAGAAGUGGAUGGCGGCCGUCAAGGAGAAGACCGACAAGCCGUUCCACGUGGCCUUCCAGCCGGAGUUCCUCCGCGCCGUCUCUUGCGAGGAGGACGCCCGGGCGCCAUGGCAGGUGGUGUUCGGCUACAUGCCCGGAGAGGAGGACGUGAAGGCCCGCAUGACCAACGCGUUCCUCGAGUUCGUCGGCCGCGACGAGUCGAAGCUCACCGUGCUCAACAUCGCGGAGGCCGAGUUCAUGAAGCUCGUGCACAACUACGCGAACGGUCUCAAGAUCUCCUUCGCCAACUGCAUCUACGGCCUCGCCAACGAGCUCGACCCCACGAUCGACGCCCAGAAGGUGCUCUACCUGGUGUCCUCCACGGCGGAGUGCUUCCUCAGCCGCAAGUACGGCCUCCGCGUGGGCGCGCCGUACGGCGGCGUGUGCCUGCCCAAGGACGUGCCGGAGCUCACCAGCCUCGCGCCAGAGGGCUCCGUGUUCAGGGAGUUCCUGUCGGGCACCGGCAAGAUCAACGAGUGGAUCUCGAGCCCUGAGGCCAAGAACAUGCGGGUGGAGCUCGACGAGAGCCCCAACUGGGUGUCCCCCGACGCGCUCACCUCCUAAUUGUGAUAAUUGGUCGAGAUAUUGUUUGCCGUCGUGUGGGCAUAGGUCCCUUAUGAGCUUGAAUUGUAGUGUCGGAAGGCGGAGAUGGUGGAGCAUUAACGCCACUCCCAUCAUCAGUGACUGCCAUCACACGUAAUCGUUGCAUGUUGUGGUGAGGAAGCGGAACGUUUGUUGUCUGUUGGAGUGGCGGCAUUAUGUGCUGCACCAACACCUCUCGGUGUUUUUUUUUUCCCUUGAGUCGUGAAGGAUUGAUUCGACCCUCCGUCUUGCUUGUCGGCGGGUCGGUUUGCUUUUUGCUCUUUUUGUCGUGGCGUUCUGAGCUGCCGAACAGCCGGCGAAAUCUGAGCGCUGGACGCACGCGGGCGUCCGUUCUCCUGGCGAAAAUCUGUGGGGUCUUGUGUGAGAGAAACAUUCCAUUUCUUUUAUUGUCUCUGUACUGCUGUUGUAGUGUCGUUGUCCUGUCUGUCUCCUUCUACACGUUUUCUGCACCUCGAAUUGCGCUCUCUGUUCACUCCCGGCUUUUGCUCCCAUGUGGAAGGCAUUCCGCUUUCUUUUUCAGGGUGCGAUUUAUGAAAAACCGCGUUUGAUGCUGAUCGUCGUUCAUGGCUUUGGUGAUUUCUAGUGUUUUUUUUUAUGAAAAAGGUAUGUAGUGCUUUGAGCGAGAGAAUUAGCUGAUCGGUGUUGAUGUGAGGAAAGAAGAUCAGCCACCUUUUGAUGUGGUUUUAUCGGAACUCAACUUGAAAGGGUGUGGGGUGUGGGGCCGUGACGUGACGGUUUGCGUGGUGUGUCUUUCGUCCGGCCCUUGGGCCCCGUCGGUGUCACAGCAGGUAAGAUGCGGAAAUCCGCGAUGCACAGGCGUCCAGCUUGUCAAGAGCUUUUGAACCAAAGCCCGUCAUGGCGGCAACCCGUCCUCCUGCGCACGUAACAUGACUCUCUCACCGUUUGUUGCAAGGGGGUGUCGGCUAUGUAGUAGUAGCUGAUGGCGUUUGGAUCACUCGGGGUUGACUGUAAUAUACGCUCGUGUCCUUUUUGUGACUUACGCGAUUUUCGAACAAAAUUUUGUUGUUGAAAAAAAAUUAAUAAAGGGAUGAAUGACACGCUUUCAUACCUUGGCACAACCACUGGCUGUGCACACUUUUUGAUACUGUCAAGUGAGCCUUGAGUUUUGCGUGGCGACUUGUGCGUUUUAAGGUCCACUCUCCGUCGGCAAAAAAAGUGGAAGUACUCUUUUCGUUGCGAAUCCCACGUUGUGAGCACCCCCGCACGGAACGGUCGUUCGUGUGACCUGCAUAAACACGCACACUGGUUCAUU